AGGCAUUGUAUCGCUAAGAGACGUAGUGAGCAUGCGCAGUAGAUCAGUUUCCAUAGUGCUUCUGCGACCUGCUGAGUGAGUCGUUUCUUCAACUUCUCCUGACUCGCGUCUUUCGGCGACACAAAUACAAGGACGUUUUAAGACAUACCUCCUCGUUUUAUUUGUUGUUUCUUCUUUUUAAAACUUGUCUCGCGUUUUCAUGUCGCAGUAAAAGUAUAUUUUUUCAUCAUGUGAAUUAAGCGGUUUUGAAGCACCUGCCGGGCAGACUGAUGGGAUAUCAAGCGGUGGAAAUCUCCGUCUGUAUUUAAACAGGAGCAUAUUUUGUGUGGUCGCUUUUUUUUUUUUUUUUUUUUUUUACCAGCAAAAAUGAACUGCUUCAGUCAAAGGCUGAGGCGCACAGCUCCCAUGCGUGGCAGCAGCAGAAAUGAGCUGGUCCCCUCCAAGCCUCCCAGGGUGAACGGAUGGUCGUGGCCCCCGCAGGCUUUCCAAGUGGCCACCUGGCUGGUGUACAGCUACCUCGCCAUAGUCAGCUUCGGCGUCUACAUCCCUCUUCUUCCUUCACCGUGGAACCAUGUGCUGUACUCCCUUACAGGAAUACCUUUUAUUGUGCACUUCUUCACACAUAUUGCUACUUUGACCAUAGACCCUGCGGAUGCCAGUGUGAGAGCCAAGCAGAGUUAUUCCAGCCCAAUGCCACUUUUUGACCGAGCAAAGCAACCACAUGUCAUCCAGGACCUGCAGUGUUGUUUAUGUGAUAUCAAGGUGGGCCCCAAAGUGAAACACUGUGGUGUUUGCAACAAGUGUGUGGAAGACUUUGAUCACCACUGCAAGUGGCUGAACACCUGCGUGGGCGGCAGAAACUAUUGGUGCUUCUUUGCCGCACUGUGUUCCGGUACACUUGGGGUCUUCCUGCUUGUUGUUGUCAUUAUAUUUAUAUUUAUUCAGCAUUACCUGGAUCCAAAUAGCCUACGGACAGCCCCACAGUUUGAUAGUAUGUUGGGGAAUAGUACCUGGCUAAUGUUUUUACCCUUGGCGCCCAUAAAAACAACUUCAGCAGGCCUUCUUAUUUUAGCCUUUCUAACAAUCAUGCUGAGCAUCACCUGCCUGUUACUGCUGGCCCAACUGCUGGGCUUCCACUUCUACCUCUUUCAUAAAGGAAUAAGCACGUACGAUUACACAAAGAUCCAGAGGCAAAAAGAAGCCAGAAUUAGAGACACUGAAGCAGGAAACCCACAUGACUCCAAAAUCAGAAACAGGGCUCCACAGAAUCAAGUGAGCUCAGUUGACUGUGAGCCAGCAUUAUCCCAGACUUCAAGUUCUUGCAAUUUUGAAGAUAGAGGACAACUCACCAGCCGGCUUUCAGAGUCCAUAUGCACUGAGUUGGAAAACUUCAGAAAAUCAGCAGAAAAGGGGAACAGUUUUCAUUACGGAACAGAAAAUCCAACAGAGAAAACAAGGGAUAUGUCUGUGGGAGAUGUACAAAACUGGGAGCCUGACCCUGAUGAAGAGGCCCGGAGCAUUUGUGGGAAGUCUGUGGACGGUAUCCCUGUAGUGCAGGAUCCUCUGGGCAGCUCAGUGAUGACUCCAGAUGAUACAUAACCCAUGCCUGUGUGGCGAUGCAUCAGGAUAUUUUACUCUGUGGAACUAUUUAUUAUGGAAAUGUGCUUCAUGAAACUGAGCAACACAACCAAGAACUUUUGUACAUACAAACAGUAUGAUACACAGAAUGGACAUAUUUUUUUUACUUCAGUCUGAAUUACUGUGGAGCUGUAGUUGUGUUUUAUUCCUAUUUUUCUAUCUCCACUGUGUUUUUUUAUGACAGCAGUUCACAUAUUUAAAGCAUUGUUUUAUCUCGCUGAUGAUUAACAAGAGUGAAAGUCCAGCUCCUCUGUGAGGUUAGCCAUUGUUUCACUGGCCUGAGUAAGAUGGAUUGAUCAUUUUUGCAACUUUCUAAAAAGCAGAAACAUGUUACUGGAAGUAACUUCCAUUUUUUUUAGCCAAAUGGUUACAUAGUAGUGCACAGACAGUGACCUUUUAACACCUUCUCAUUUAAUCCUAUAACCAAAACGGGCUUUGUAAGGCUCAGUGCAUUUUAGUAAUUGAGAGGAGUGUAGCAGUGAUGAGUUUGUAAGUUGGAAAGCUCUCUUUCUCUCUUUCUCAUAAACUUGUUUUUUUUAAAGCUGAUGGUCUGAAGCAAGUGUUUUUGCUACAUUUUAAAGAAUACAAAUGCAAGUGUCUCAUGUUUCUUGUCCAAUUGCCCUGGAACUCAGACCUAUGUCAGGAGCUGCUGGAUGUUUAAAUUCUUUAAAAAUGUUGGAUAAAUGUUUUCAAUAUUCCUAUUCUUA